UGUGUCGAUAAAGGUUCGACACUUUGAACCAUCAUGGCAGCCUACGUGUUUCCCACUGCUGUAAGAUGCUUGGUGACUUUGGUACCUUUUAGCUACGUUCCGGCUUUGAGAAUCACCUGUUGUCAGGUCGUCAGUAAGAUAAUUCAAGGUUACACGAGCUCGAGGAAGUGCUGUUCUUCCACGUCAAUCUCCUCAGAAUCUCCCACUAUUGAUUCUGGUGACACUGUCACUGAGUACGACCGCUUGGUCCAGUGUGGCUCUUUGAGAGAAGAUGCUUUGCAAAAGAGUGUUCUCCAGCGGCUGGCUAGCCUACAACAGACCCUGCAAAAUUACAGUAACACUUCCUACUUGAACCCACCUCCCCUGACAAUAAACUCCAACUGCAAUAGACUUCCGAAAAGGACCGAGCCCUGCAUUAUAACAAGUGGAGCAUCUGCUGGAAAAGAAGAAGAUGCUCCACCUCCUCCAUCUAAAGGUUUCUACAUUUAUGGAGAUGUUGGCACAGGGAAGACCAUGUUGAUGGAUUUGUUUUUCUGCGGGGUGCAAAACAGCCGCAAGAGGCGAGUCCACUUCAACGGCUUCAUGCUGGAAAUCCACCAAAGGAUCCACCGGCAGAAACAAAGCCUGCCGAGUCGAACGCUAGGCAACAUGUUCACCUAUGACCCCAUAUCGCUACGGAGAUCGCCCAUGAAAACCUGCCUCCUGUGUUUUGAUGAGUUUCAGGUGACGGACCUCGCUGACGCCGUGAUCCUGAGGCAGAUUUUCCGCGUUUUCAAGACCGGGGUGGCGGUGGUGGCGACCUCCAAUAGAGCGCCUGAUGAUCUGUACAAAAACGGACUUCAGAGGGACACCUUUCUACCUUUCAUCGACGUGCUGAAGGAGUACUGCCACACUAUCUGCCUCGACUCUGGUUUGGGCUACAGGAGGCUGCGCAGGACUGGAACAGGGAAACUCUACUUCCUGACAAGAGAGCCUGGCGCGGACGCUACAUUGAAUGCCAUGUUUGACGAGCUGGCUUUGACACAAACUACCUUUACUGGUCCAAAGGUGCUCACCGUGCUGGGCAGGGAAGUGACGCUGGAGAAAACCUGCGGCUCCGUUGCAGACUGCACUUUCCUCGAGCUGUGCGGCAGAGUGAGAGUGGUGAUUCAAGCUGCGGCUCCGUUAGAUGAGCUGUUUGUUCAAACCGGAGGAGAUGAUGAGCGGAACCAACAGCUUCUGGAUGACUUGGGCCUGAAGGAGAAGGUGGCUGAGUGACUGACUCUUUUCACAGCUGAGGAGGAAACGUUUGCCUUUCAAAAAACUGUUUCCAGGCUCACGGAGAUGCAGACCGACACGUACUGGAUGGAGGGAGAUCACAGAAAAACGAAGAAACACCUCAACACAUAAUUUUCACUCGUGGC